AUGAGGAAUGCGUUGCGGGCGCGAUUGAAGAAGGACUCGGGGAGAGAUGAUGUCCGAAUCGAUGAGCAGCCUCAACUGGUUGAUGACGCAGCGCACGCUGUGCCAAUCACAGAGCGGGCGGGGUAUCCUGUUACCCGGAAGAAGGGUUCUGCCAACCCCAAGAACUGGGUCACCGCCACGGGAGUCAAGGUCGAGGUUGACUUCAACCGCGUCCCGUGGCUCCCUGAUGAUUGGGGUCAAGGAGUGAAGGCCACCAAGGCGAACUCUCGCAGCAAGCCCAACGGUGGAGGCGGCACUUUGACCAGCUUCGUGAGUCCAGAGAUGAAGAUCUAUUUUCACAAGGAGAAGGUCGAACAGCACGUUGGCAGGCAGCUGACCCACAAGGACGGAUUCAAUGGCCAGGUCCGGCUAGCGCGAUUGCAGGCGCAGCAGGCGGUGCAGCUGGCACGGCAGCAGAUCCGUGAGGACAAAGACACAGACUUCUUCAGCUUGCUCUCCCGUGCCGAGAAGAAGUGCCUGCCGCCCAAAGAAGAGUUCCACUUCUGCGUCAUUUCGGCACGGCGUGCCACCAAACUCGAGGGUGUGCGGGAUAUUGUUACGGUGCAGACACAGCUCCAGGAGGCUGGCGUCACGCCGACUUGGUACGUCGAUGCCGAGAGCUUGGAGGACUACAAGGCCCUUGGCCUCAAAGCGGUGGUGGGUGGCAAACUAACGCCAUCCCGCAAUAAAGCGCUCGACGAUGCAGCGGCCAGCAAUAAAGUUUGUGUUCAAGUCUCAGACGACAUCGCUGCUUGGGAGUACCGGCAUGGUGAGAAAGCCGUCGAUAAGACGGAUGACGCGAAGAACAAAGCUCAUGCCGCAGCGCGCCGAUUGAUCGUGACUCCUGUUGCCGCCGCCCGCUUCAUCAUCGCAAAGAUGCGUGCGGCAGUGGGUUUACACGGCAAGCCGAAGCUUGGAGGAGCGUACAUGCUCCAAAGCUGCGCCCGCACCUUUGCAGGGCCCGAGGUUGUCCAUCAUCAUUUCAUUUUGGGUGACUUCUUGGUGGUGGACACAGGCUCUUCUGUGCGCUUCGAUGAAAACAUGAAGUUGAAGGAAGAUUACGACUUCACGUGCGCACACCUGAAGGCUCACGGUUCUGUCCUGCGUUGCAAUCGCAUGACUCUAUGCGUCAAGCACUACAGCAACUGUCUGCAUCUUAGCUCGAGAGCGAUUCAGAGGGAUGGUGAAGCAACCAAACAAAAAGCGACGCAGACGGUCGGCAGACGAACAAAUAGACUUGAUCUUCUUGGGCGGGCGGGCGGCCGUGCCUUGCCGGGCCUCGCACUUUGUAAGUGCGCAAUCCCUUAG